GCAGGGAUCGGACCUGCCCACAGUGGUUCCUGGCUUCACAGGUUAGAAUUGCUCAUGACUCAUGCAUAGAAUUGCUCAUGACUCAUCCUGCAGUAAGGAAACAGUGAAGGGUGUGGGUUCUCUCUCUCUCUCUCUUUUCCUUUCUCUUGCUAGGAAACAAGAACUCCAUCUUCAGCUUUUCUAUAGCUCAACAUAUCAACUGAAAGAAGGAAUACAGCUAGAAGUAUAACCCCUGAAAGGUAUACAAGCCUUCCACAAUAAUACCAUUUUUUUACUCAGUCGGCUGUGAGGACUGGACUACUAUAUAAGAUUCCACCCAUGGUGGGGUUUUAAGGCUUUAUCUCCCCAUUUUGCAUAAAUGGUGUAAUUAUGGGUCUGCACCUUAAUUUUCCAUAAGUGGGAAACACUUUAAAACAAAGGAAAGAAGGAUCUUCUACUGAAAUCCCUCAUACCCUUCCUCCGCCAAACUUCCUUAUGUCUUUUCUUCCUGCUCCACAACUUGAUGUCACAAGAACUACUUUGAGAGGGCUCAAAACGUACAAAAUGCCCCAGUCAGAAAUAUAAUAGUAAAUCUAUUAACUUAAUCAGUUAUGAUUCAGCUAUAAAGAACACGCCAAAUCACACACAAACAUGUGAAAACAAAGAUUUCAGAAAAAUAGGAAAGCAGGAGCCUCUCCACCUUCUUCUGAGCUAGCAGCCUGACAGCUGCUAGGAUGUCCCAAACAAUUUCUUUUUUUUAAAUCAGUCGCAAAAUGAUUAAAGAUGUACAAACCAGAAGAAAAUGGAGAACAUGAAUAUUUCUAUCUGCGUUCUUCUAACUAUUUAUUAUAGAAUACUGUUAAAAUAAAUGAAUAUGUAAAAAAUAAACAUUGUUAAUCAGAAAAUUGAUGGCCUCUUCAAUAUUUUUAAUAAGACUAAGGUUUUGAGGGUAUUGUAAAUUGGGAAUUGCCAUCUUUGCAUGUAGAGUCACUUGAAAUUAGGCCAUAGCCUACAGUCCCUUUAACUGUGCACUUGUAUUUCAGACGAAUUCAAACCAAAUCUACCCAGGAGAGAGAUAUCCAGACUAGGCAAGACGAGUGCACACAGACAAGGGUUCCUGGUUUCCAUGAAGUGGUUUACAAAGAUAGAGUAAUUCAAGCUAAAGGAUAUAGUUCAGCUCAGGAGCAGGAGGAGGUCUAUAAUGAGAAUAUUAUGUUUGUCCAGAGAGUGUGCCGGGGUUGGAUUGCUCGAAGAAAAGUAAUGCAGAUGAGAGAAGAUUAUUCUUUACAAAGGGUUAGAGAAGAAGAGGAGGAAAGAAUUCGCGAAGAGGAAAUUCAAGAAAGGAAAGAAAUUGAAAGUGAGAGAUGUAAAAAUCCAAAAUCUAAGGCAGACUUUGACAUGCUUUAUAAUCGACUUGAAGACUGGAGAAAGGAACAGGAAGCUUCAUUACAAGCCAAGGACAGCAAGGCAGCAAAUCUGGGCAGAGCAAAGUUGGUUAUGAACGAAGCUGAACUGCUCCUGCAAAUAAACAAGCAUAAGAGCAGUGCAAAAAUGGACGCGAAGGAAAGAAUGAUUGAACAAUUUCUUACAAAGGCGGCUACCCCAAUAUUAAAAAUGUUGAAAAGUGGAGAAUUGAUCGAAAUUGAAACUCCCGAAACUCGUCUUGCUACAGCAUAUAAGAAUAUGCAUAACAACCUACGGGAGGAGGUUGUGUUUGUGGAGGACAGGGUUGAAUUACUCAUUGAAUUGGAUUCACUGGUAAAGGAUGAUGACUGCAAAGUUGUAAAAGAACUCAGGUUGUUGAUAAAACGUGAAAUAGAUUUUAUUAACAGAAGUUUACCUGGAUCAAGUAUGACUGGUUUAAGAUCUCGGAUAUUAAACCUGUAUCUCCAGUAUAUACGCAACCCGGAGUAUAAUCCUCAAGUCAGAAAGUUUUUAAGGAUUGAAGCUCCAGAUUUGUCCUCUGUAACACAGAUGAAGAAGACCCGAAGUAGAGAUACUAAAAAGGAUAUAGAGCUCUGCCAAGCGUGCAGCCGCUACCUGCCAAAAUCCAGUUUCAAUAUAUCAGCUGGUUCCGGGAGUAUAGCACAAUGCCGCGGUUGCAAACAGUUGGAUAAUGAUGCGCGCACACGGCUUGAUCUCAGCUUAUAUAAACAGCUGUUGGACAGCAUCAAGCUUGAAGAGGAAGAAAGGAACAACACAAAUUCCCCUGCAUUCAUUCUUCAAGAGUCUGAUAUUCGGUAUCUUGUGGAGAAUAUCUGGAAUAGUAGAUCUGUUCUCAGUGGGAAUGCAGAUUUAUUCGACCUCAGAUUAGCAAGAAGGGAAUGUGAGAAGGAGUGGACCCCUUGGAACUGUAUCCUUGUCAGCAGAGAGGAGAAUAGGAUACAUAGGAAACUAGGAGGACUAAACAGUUGCUACCCUAGUAAGGAGGAUCUACUGAAAGCAUAUGGACCUCUUCUUGUAGAAAUCAUUGCUGGAAAACAUACCCUUGCAAGGAACCAUUUUGGAAAAAUAGCAUCCAUGUCGAUAUUUGUUAAAGACGACAAUCCUGAUGUGAUUCAGCUCCGUGGGGUUGGAAUACAACCAUCCUGAUUUCUCGUUCUUGAUGAUUAUGUUAUUUAAUUUAAAAUAAAAUUUGUGAUUUCUUA